UGAAACAAAAUUGGAAACGUCCAACAAAAAUGACACAAAAAAUCCUUUAAAUUUGGCGCUGCCGAUAAUAUUUAAUUCAUUGAACUUUAUAGAAGUUACGAUUAUUUGUGGAACACGGAAAACAAAAAUUAUAAAAACCGCGAUGCGAGAAAUGCAGUGCUUAAUGUAUUUACGAGAGAAUUGUGUGUUGAGGGACUUGGUCCCAAAGAAAUUAGUGUAAAAAUUAAAAAUGUGAUAAAUCAAUAUCUACAAGAAAAAAAGAAACUAAAUCAUCUUUGGGGUCUGGAGCUGGGGCUGAAAAUAUUUACGUGCCUAAAUUUCGUUGGUGCAAUUCGUUGGACUCAAUUUGAAGGAAAUCCUCAGAAUUUCGUACAACAAUCUCAAAUUUGUGUGCGCCAAAAUGUGGCGUGCGGUUCUGCUAACGAGCCUGGUGUUUCACCAUGGAUAUGGAAUACCCAACCAAGUGGUGGACGUCACCACAACCUGUGAUAAAAACUCCAUAAGUAUUCACGUCGCCAUGGAGCAGCCGUUCAAAGGACUCGUUUUUAGCAAGGACUUUUCUAGGGAAUGUCGUGUACAAGGGCAAAGACAAAAGACAGUUUCCAUUAAUCUACCCUCAAACGCCUGUGGUGUCAGAACGUCAACCCUGAAUACGACAGUCAGUGAACCGGAUGACGAAGAGGAUCUAUACUAUAAUGUGGAGCUGGUGGUGCAGAUGGAUAGACAGCUGCAACAGUCCACCGAUCAAGAUCUUAUUGUUAGGUGUAAAUUACAGCGGCGCGCAGUCAAAAUCAACAGCGCGGCGCUGGAGAACGUCAUAUCUUCACAUUUACGGGAGAUGAACGCUUCAGAUAAGAAAGCGAGGACUGGUCGUAAUCGCCAAGGUUGGGAUAAUCCAGUGGAGAUGGAACAGAGAGAGUGGUUGCUUGAUUCAGCACGAGCUUGGAUGGAGCUGGCUCCAACUAUCGCUGGGUCAGAACCAGCUACCGUUGAAGUUGGACAACCUACUAGAUUAUUGAUCCAGUGUACUCUACCAGUUGGAAUAGGUCUGCGCGUAACGAACUGCAUAGCGCACGAUGGCUUAGGAGAAGCGUCCCAAAAACUGCUGGACGAGGUCGGGUGUCCCAUUGACGAGACCAUCUUCAACAAACCAUCGCUACACCGACAUCACAAGGGAACAGAAAUAGACUUCAACGAUCUGGAACCAGUUGACACAAUAAGAAACAGAGAAGAGAAUGAUCACUUGAAAAUCGCUAAAUCCGACCCAGAAUUUAUGUUCAAGAAUUUGAUGACAUAUCAACACGCAAUCACAACAUUUGCGGCCUUUAAAUUUCCGGACAGGGCGAAGCUACACUUGACCUGCGGGAUAGAAUUGUGCAAGGGCCCAUGUCCUGAAAUUGAUUGUAAGGCCUUGAUGAAGCCUCAGAGGACGAAAGAAGGAUUAGUGCGCAAGGCUCGUCUCGAUAAGGAGGCUAAAGGAAAUAUCAUAGAUCGACUGGAGGUUUACAAUAGUAUAGAGGUUUUGGCGCCUAACAUUGAGUUGGAGGAUGAGGCAUCAAUAAGAGGUUCAAGAAGAUCGGAGGGAAAAGAAGAAUUUGUGCGUGGGUUCUCACCAGGAGACAAAACAAUUUGUUUGUCGCCCGGUAAAAUGGCUCUUGCGUUUUGCGUUUUAGGAGUAAUCUUCCUCUGUGCUAUUGCGGUCGCAUUUGCUUCAUUAGUGCGAGCGAGACGGCGCACUAGCCGAGAGCAGGCCCAUACAUCUCUCUCUUUCUACACUGGCAGUAAGAGUGUCUUCUCUUCUAGUGAGAGUUCCAGUUCCGGAUUAAGUGGAAGUAAAUUGCUGCUAACUGAUAGUCCUUAUAUGGACCACCAUUCAUCUUCUAGCAAUAAUUGGCCAUAUCCAAGACCGUUUUGACGUUAGAAAUAUUAAAAAAAACUAUAAAGUAUAAACGUCAUUUGUCAAUUCAGUUGAUUUACAAAAAAAAAGUUAAUUAAAUAUUUAAUUCAAAACGAGAUUAGUCGUUACAAUAAUUUAAUCGUAUUCGAAAAUUUAGUGAUUUUUAUUUAUCAUCACAAAUUACUAUUUUUAUAUUUUAGUUAUGGUAUUUAGUCAGCUUGUUAGUCGGUUUUCAUACGAUGAAGCAUAAUCUUGGUAUUUUAAUAAAUAUUCCAUGAAUUGUUAAACGUAUUCAAAUAAGUACAGAAAACCCGUUCAAGAUGAUUUUUAAAAAAUAGACGGAAUGUGAAAUAUAUAUCCAGGGAGUUUUUAGAACGAGUGUAGUACUGGUACGUUAUGAAAUCGUAUUAAGUGGAUUAACUAAAAACAUACGUUUUUUGAUAGGAUAGAGAAAGAUGGUCGGAAAUAGCAUAAUUUUUUUAUGAAAAAAAUAGGCAUUGCAAAGGCCAAUUUUGAGCACUAUUUUUAUUAUUCAUCAAUAUUAAACUAUAAAAUGUUUUGUCCUUGUCACAAUAAAUGACAAAACACAAUCUAUAGUAUGUUAAUUUAAAUUAAUUAUUAUUAAAACUAUAAGACUGGAUUUAUACAUUUUAUCUAAAUAUAUUAUUUUUAUAUUUUAAACAACCUAUUGAAAUUUAUAAGUACCUUCAAUUAGGUUUAAGUUAUUUUAGUUUUAUUUAUUAUUUUUGAGGAAGCGCUUUUGUUAUUUAGGUCAAUGUUGUCCUGGGUUAUAGAUUGGUAGGUAAGGUAUUAAAAAUAAAUAUAUAUUAUAAUAAGAAAAAACAUUAGUUCUUC